CUUUCAUAGCAUGUUUAAAGAAGAUAACCUGUAAAGGCAUGAUGAUAUGAGAGCAAAACAAACCAGAAAAGAAAGACAAAAAAAAUGAAAUUCUUCACAAGUAAAUUUGUACUAUCAUUUAUCCUAACUCUUUCUAUUAGUUUUUUCAUACCAACAAGCACUACUAGUGACUUUUUUGAUUGCAUCUCUCAAAGUAUUUCAACAAACUCAUCAAACAUUGUUUUCACUCCUAAUGAAUCAUUAUACACAACUAUCCUUCAAUCUACAAUCCAAAACCUAAGGUUUAACUCAACCACAACUCCAAAACCAUUAGCAAUAAUCACACCUUUGACAUAUUCCCAUGUUCAAGCCACUAUUAUAUGCAGCGUAGAAUUCGGACACCAAAUCCGAAUCCGAAGUGGUGGUCAUGACUAUGAAGGGCUUUCCUACACCUCUUUUGAUCAAACUACUUUCAUCCUUCUUGAUGUUAACCAAUUUCGGUCAGUUAAGGUUGAUUUAGAAGCUAAAACUGCAUGGGUCGAAUCCGGGGCAACUCUUGGUGAACUUUCUUAUUGGGUGUCUAAGGAAAGUAAUAAUAGUCUUGGGUUCCCAACAGGGGAAUGCACUUCUGUGGGUGUUGGUGGGCAACUAAGUGGAGGAGGUUUUGGCACAAUGGCUAGGAAAUACGGUUUAUCGUCUGACAACGUAAUCGAUGCACUUUUAGUUGAUGUGAAUGGAAGGAUUAUGGAUAGGGAUACAAUGGGUGAAGAUUUGUUUUGGGCAAUUAGAGGAGGAGGGGGUGGUAGUUUUGGUGUUGUGUUAUCUUGGAAGAUUAAUCUUGUUUAUGUUCCACCAAUUGUUACAGUUUUUAGUCUUCCUAAAAAGCUAGACAAAUUUGCUACUCAAUUGGUUAACAAGUGGCAAUAUAUUGGAAACAAUAUUACAAAUGAUUUGUUCAUGAACUUGCUAAUAAGUCCACUUCAACAAAAUGGUACAAUGCUAGUGACAAUUAAUGGGCUUUUUUUGGGGAGGGCUAAUGAGCUUAUAGCUAUAAUGGAUGAUGAAUUUCCUGAAUUAGGAUUACAAGUAGAUAAUUGUACGGAGAUGAGUUAUAUAGAAUCGGUAGUGUAUUAUUCGGUUUACUUAAGAGGACAAAGUGUUGAAACACUCGUAGAAAGAAGACCAUGGCCUAAAAACUACUACAAGUUUAAAUCAGACUAUGUAGAGAGACCGAUUCCAGAAGAAUCGCUUGAAGAGCUAUGGAAAUGGUGUUUAGAAGAAAAUUUGAUUCUAGCAAUGGAGCCACAAGGUGGAAAGAUGAGCGAGAUUGAUGAAACCGCUAUUCCUUACCCACAUAGGAAAGGAAAUUUGUAUAUCAUACAAUAUAUCAUGAGAUGGGAUGAUGAAGGAUUCAACACAACCGAAAACCAUGUUGCUUCUAUAAGAAGGGUAUAUGAAAAAAUGACACCAUUUGUGUCCAAGAACCCAAGGGGAGCUUAUGUGAACUUUAGGGAUUUGGAUUUGGGUACAGAUGGUGAUACAUGUAGCACAAGUUAUGUCAAAGCAAUGGAGUGGGGAAACAAGUAUUUUAAGAGCAAUUUUAAGAGGUUGGCAAUGGUGAAAGGUGAAAUCGAUCCAACAAAUUUCUUCUGUAAUGAACAAAGCAUCCCACCACUAGUUUUGUCACAGUCGUUUUAAGUUAAUUUUUACCGUAGAUUAAAUUUGAUGAAUGUGCCUCGAAAAAUAAAUGAAUGUAAUAAGUCUAAUAAUGUGGAAAUAAAACCAUUGAUUGGUUUUAAGUUUAAUCA